UUGUCCUUUCUUUUCCCUUUUGCCCUUUAUUCUUCUCGAUUUCCUUGUAAUUUCACUGCACCGUCGCCGGCGCCAUUCGCAUAAACUAUUGUAGGAAGGCACCGAGAACGCGGAAGAACAGCCGUUCCGGGAACUGGAUCAGCCGCGUUAGUCUGAUAUAUCGGUGGAUUCAUCAAAAUCUGCUUCGAUCCACGCUGAUUCGCACUCGGGCGCGUUGCGGCAUGAAACUAUGGAACGGAGGGCAUCGUCCCCGUGUUAUUUGUAAUGGGUUUUGUUGCUCUGGGGAAUUAGUUGAGAUUUUUUUUGGGUUUUAAUAAUUUGAGUUAUCUGAAAUACUAGGUGACUAUCGGGUGCUUAAGAUUUUCGUUCUCAUUUCUUCAUCCCAAUUAACGUACAAAUAAUCGGACUGAAAAAAACGGCUAUUGCGUUUUGUUGGAAAUGAUUGGGGCCGUCCAGUUAGGCUUAUUGGCGGCCUGUAUAGUUCUGUUUGUGCCCAUGGGUAUGGCGGGAUGGCAUUUGAGCCGUAACAAGAUGUUAUUCUUCAGCUGCGCCCUCUUUAUUACUCUUGCUGUCGGUGUCCAUUUGAUGCCUUAUUUCCCUUCCAUUUCUGUUUUUCUCUCAACGUCAGAGGUAAUUUCAGCUCCAAUUUCUUUGUAUCAUGAUUCCUGCAUUUUUUCUCUGCAUAGUGUCAUGUAUGGCAAUACUAGAGAAUGUGAUGAUGGCCCUUUUGAUAAUCAUGAAAUUGGUUGCAAGAAGUCAUGGCAGUGGAUCAAGUCGGAUCAGGUUGCUAAAUGUGAGUUUCAGAAGUUAAAGAAAUCAGAUGCAUCGGAUUUGUUAAAUGGGUCGUGGGUAGUUGUUGCUGGGGACUCUCAAGCGAGGUUAGUGGUUGUUUCGUUGCUAGAGUUAGUUAUAGGAUCAGAGGGCAUGGAAAGAAUCAAAGGGGAUUUGUUUAAGAGGCAUAGCGAUUAUUCAAUGAUGGUUGAAGAGAUUGGAAUGAAAUUGGAUUUUUUUUGGGCUCCAUAUGUUGCGAAUUUGACUGAACUGAUGUUACAGUUCAAGCGAAAUAAGAAUUUCCCGGAUGUUAUGGUGAUGGGGGCAGGUUUGUGGGACAUGCUGCACGUGAACAAUGCUUCGGAUUAUGGCAUUUCAUUGCGGAUGUUGAGGGAUAAUGUUUUGGCUCUUUUACCAGUUUCUUCAAAUUUGGAUGCUGGUGGCGGAGGAAUGAGCGAGUCUAAGUCUACCCGCAUUUUGCACUUGUUUUGGGUUGGUAUGCCAACGUUGAUAACAUCAAUGUUGAACACUGAUGAGAAGAGGGAGAGGAUGACUGAUGAAAUGUGCAACUCUUUUGACAAUGAGCUUUAUGGAAGCAAGAUUUUGCGUGAAUCUGGUGGACCACUUCUAAAACUUGACAUUCGUAUGUUGAGCGACUUAUGUGGACCUCCUUGUACAGCUGAUGGAAUGCAUUAUGAUGGAGUUGUUUAUAAUGCUGCAGUGCAAAUAAUGUUGAAUGCGUUACUCAUUGAAUCUAAUCAAAAACCAGAGUGAUAAAAUUUUGUUUGCUAUUGGACCACAGGAGAAUUGAUUGUCAUGGAGGAGUAGAAGGUUGAUUGACAAUAUUUGAAAUUUUGUGGAGGUUGAUUCACUCUUGAUAGCCAGAUUUUUCAGUGUUUCAGACUUUCAGCUGCUUGCCCUUCUAACCUUUAUAUGACAUUAAUCAAGUCCACAUCAACUCGGUAAGAUUUUAUCAUCAUAGAUUAGGUGGAAGGUUUUUCCCUUUUACUUCUUUCUGUGCUCGCCCAAUAGUCACACGCACGUGAUAUUAGUUAGAGAAGCUACUUCGUCUCACGUCCAAUUUUGAUGUGAAGACAUACAGUGUGUUGUAAUAGUUUCCUAAACACAUGCUUUCAACAGUAAAGAGGCUAGUUAAGAUUUUCUUUCCAACUUUAUUUGAUUGGACAGAGUUGCGUAUUCAUCCUAAAGAUUGUUUUUCCUAUGCUUUCACU